GAAGAUGAUCCUUUUGGUCCACGCGAUGUUGAUACCCAACCCCAUCUUCCUCUGUGUCUCCCUGCGAUUCGCCGCCGUAUUCGACAAUGGCACACCGCCCACGAGUAUUCCUCUGGCUCCUAUUCGUUCUUUCUCCUCCUCCUUCGACUGCUUGCCGCCAGGUAUGCGCACGCCUCCCUCGUGUUGAUUUGGUGGGCGCUGGAGGAAUUUGGGAAGAAAAUCUAAACAAUUGCUAAAUUAUAAACCCGAUCGCGAUACUUCUCCUCCUCAAAUCCUCAUCCGUCCCCCCAAAAAUGGCGUCUUUCCGCUCGCAGCCUUUACUCCUCGAUGGCGUCGGCAGCGGCCCUAUUUUGCGUCGGAAUAAGACUACUCGCGGCGGUGGAGAGCUUGUGGCGGCGGGAUUCUUCAGGGAGGUAAACAACCGAGUGAAGUUUCCGGCGAUGGGUGCGCAGACGAGGUGGAAUGGUCAACUGGCCACCGGAAAAGGCGGCGCCUUUGAGGAGGCGAAGGAGCCAGAGUCGGCUGGUGCUGAUGCCGGCCGCGACGGCGGCGGCUCAGCUCAGGCUGCGGCUGCGGCUGCGGUGGAAAAGGGCAAGAAGGUAGUGGCAAUGCAGCAGAGAUUGGUCGACAAGAUUUUGGGGAGGAGGAGCCCGGUCUGGUCGUUCGAAAGAACAGCUGCUGAAGCAGAUAACGAUAUCGAUUCUACUAAAGAGGUUAGAACUUACGAUUCAAAUCUAAGUUCGUACAAUGGCAAUGCUACUACUUCCAGUGCUACAAUGGAACCAAAGGUGCAAGAUGUUGGUGGUCUUGAUACAGCCAUUUCUCCAUCUGAAUCCAAACUUCCCGCGGUAGAUUAUAAAUCUAGUUCUCGAGAUGAGACUCCUGAUACUGUCGAUGCGAAGGAAGAGGUUAUCGAUGCCCCUCCUCUGGCCGGGGUGAACGUCAUGAAUGUGAUAGUGGUGGCAGCGGAAUGUGCUCCUUGGUCCAAAACUGGAGGACUCGGAGAUGUAGCUGGGGCUCUGCCAAAAGCUUUGGCCAGGAGAGGGCAUCGAGUUAUGGUUGUUGUGCCGAGGUAUGGAAACUAUGCUGAACCGAAAGAUCUCAGUGUUCGCAGACGUUACACGGUUGCUGGAGAAGAUUUGGAAGUAGCUUACUUUCAUGCUUACAUUGAUGGAGUGGACUUUGUGUUCAUCGAUUGUCCAGUUUUCAGACACUGCGAGAACAACAUUUAUGGCGGAAACCGAGUGGAUAGUUUGAAACGGAUGGUUUUGUUCUGUAAAGCUGCAGUUGAGGUCCCUUGGUAUGUUCCCUGUGGUGGUGUGUGCUACGGAGAUGGAAACUUGGCCUUCAUUGCAAAUGACUGGCACACGGCACUCUUGCCAGUUUAUCUGAAGGCUUAUUAUCGCGACAACGGCUUGAUGAAGUACGCGAGAUCGGUUCUGGUGAUCCACAACAUGGCUCACCAGGGUCGCGGCCCCUUGGAGGACUUCUACCAUGUUGACUUACAGGAGCACUACUUCGACCUCUUCAAGCUGUAUGAUCCGAUUGGAGGUGACCACUUCAACAUCUUCGCAGCCGGCUUGAAGACCGCCGACCAAGUGGUCACUGUCAGCCAUGGUUAUGCUCGGGAGGUGAAAACUUCCGAAGGUGGAUGGGGACUCCACGGCAUUAUAAGCGAGAACGACUGGAAGUUCCGAGGCAUCGUCAACGGCAUCGACACAAAGGACUGGAGCCCUGAGCUGGAUGUGCACCUGCAAUCUGAUGGCUACACCAAUUACUCUCUGGAGACUCUACGAACGGGCAAAGCACAGUGCAAGGCCGCGCUGCAAAGGGAGCUCGGCCUGCCGGUCCGGGAAAGUGUUCCUCUCAUCGGCUUCAUUGGGAGACUGGACACCCAGAAGGGCGUGGACCUCAUUGCGGAGGCCAUGCCGUGGAUCGUCGGCCAGGACGCGCAGCUGGUGAUGCUGGGCACUGGGCGGUCGGACCUCGAGGAAAUGCUGAGGAAGGCUGAGAGGGAGAACCGCGACAAGGUCAGAGGAUGGGUUGGGUUCUCUGUGAAGACGGCUCAUCGGAUAACUGCCGGCGCCGACAUCCUUCUGAUGCCAUCGAGGUUUGAGCCCUGCGGGCUGAACCAGCUAUAUGCUAUGAAGUAUGGCAUGGUGCCGGUGGUGCACGCCGUCGGUGGGCUGCGAGACACGGUGAUCCCCUUUGAUCCCUUCAAUGAGACUGGGUACGGGUGGACGUUCGAUCGGGCAGAGUCGGGCAAGCUGAUCCAUGCCCUGGGCAACUGCCUCAACACCUACUGGAAUUACAAGGAGAGCUGGGAGGGGCUUCAGAAGCGGGGGAUGGAGCAGGACCUGAGCUGGGACGACGCGGCAAAGAACUACGAGGAGGUCCUGAUCACGGCCAAGUACCAGUGGUGAGAGCAUCAAUUAUCGAAGUGGCAGAGGUAGGAUCUUACCGCAACAGACACUUGAGCUGAGGCUUGUUGUAAACGGAAUGAGAUCAGUGAGCGGGCGUCCUGGCUUCAAUUACUGCAAAAUGAUUAUUUCAUAAUUAAAUACAAUAACAAUAGCUUAGGCUUUUCCCCUUCAAUGAAAUUAUGAACUUCAGUUUUGCCGGAAUAAGGAGCAACAGAUUAAACAGUAAUAAAUCUCAAAUAAAAAAAAUUGUUUUUUUAA